AAGACUGGUAACACAACAGCCAAAAAUUACGAGACUUGGCCGACCGGUCGACACCAACAGCUACCGGAUUGAGGCUUCGCUACCCCUCAUUUUGUUCAAUUCGAAUAUCGACUGCUCCUCGCUUCAAUCUCGACGACAAUACCCCCUCUCAAAUUCCGCUUUCGAACCGCAACCCGACCGAACUCUACAAACUUUACACCUUCAAGAAGAGAGAAAGAAACAAUGGGCUGGUUCUGGUCCUCUCCCUCCUCUCCGAAGUCCUCCCAAUCCUCCCAACAACAACAGCAGCAACAAACACCACCCCCAACAACCUCUUCCGAACCAGCAGGGACAGCUCCCGCCUCCGUCCUCGCAAAGUACAAAGCCUACAUCCCCUUUUCCUCGCUCCUCAUCAAAGACGACCCGGCGGCCACAGAGCCCGAAGUAGCAGCAGCGCCCAAAAAGACGCGCUCCCCGACCUCCCUCGCCAUGUCCGAGCACUGCCUUCCCACCACCAUGUCCUGUCGCGACGCCUUCGACUACGCCUGGCACUGCCAGACGCCGGGUGCGCAGUUCAACGCCGUGUACCGGUACGGCACCAUGAAGAACUGCUCGGAGCUGUGGGACGAUUUCUGGUUUUGCAUGCGCACCAAAUCGUUCGGUCCCGAGAUGAAGGCGGAGGCCGUCAAGGAGUAUUACCGAAGCAAGGAGGAGGCCAAGUAUGGCGGCGGACAGCCGAGUAGUGAGGAUGUGUGGGAGAGUAGGGAGACGAGGGUUGAGUGGGAUAGUGAGUUUAGGCAGUCAUGGGAAGGCCCGGAAAAGGUCAGUGAUGAGGAGUUCAAGAGGAUGGAGGUGGAGAGGAGGAGGUUGAUACGGGAACAACUUGGGUUGGAUGAGAAGUGAGGAAAUGGAUAGUGGGAAGGAAGGAUGUUGAUAUACCAAGUUGGUUUUGGGUGAUGCUUUAAGAUUCUUGGGAUGUCAUUACCAUUAAACUUUACCAUGGGCAUUGCCAGCCGUCUGAACAGCCAUUUACGUUGAAAGGUUGUUGCAAUAUCAAUCCUGUCCAAUGGCU